AAAAUACAAUCUAAGGAACUUGAAUCACAAAUUCAAGAAUCAAAAAUAAGAUUCGAGUUCGAAACGGAAAAAGUGAAUCUUAAAUUGUUAUACAAAGAACUCAAAGUACAAAUUCAAGAAGCAAAAAAUAAGAUUAAAGACCUUAAAGCACAAACUCAAGAAUCAAAAAAUAAGAUUCAGAACCUCGAAGCAAACCAUUCAGAGCUCCAAAAAAUAAAUACGGAUCUCACAUUAAAGUACUGUGUUCUACAAGAAGAGCUUGCCAAGUUACAACAUGAAAAG